ACUCCUGAAUAGCUGCACUUGUUUGAGCAGGUGCCGACUUGAACGUUGUCCUCUCUUAUCUGCGCUGACGAUCGUCCCGGCUUAAAACGAAAGAAGCGUCAUUCCAUCCAAGACCUCCGACGAUGAAAGCGACGGGCGCCAGCGGCCUGCGCUUCAGGCUGCCCGUGUUUGUUUUUGCGGCCGAGGCCAUGAUGGUGGGCCUGUUUGCCGCUUUUGUCACCUACGACCCCCACGCCGAUGCCAGAUUUCAAAACAACCAAACCGAGCCCAUGGACAACGCGUUAUACAAGGAUUAUCCUUUUUUCGCCGACAUACAGGUGAUGAUAUUCCUGGGCUUCGGAUGCCUGCUGGCCUUUUUCCGACUUUACGGAUUCGGCGGGAUGGUUUUCAACUUUCUGGUGGCUACCUUUUCCAUCCAAUGGGCCAUUCUGGUGCAGGGCUACUUCCAGUUCAGCCACGACGGGAAGAUCCAACUUGGCGUGAUCAACCUCAUCAAUGCGGAGUUUGCCUGCGCGGUGGUACUCAUCUCCUUCGGGGCAGUUUUGGGGAAGACCAGCCCGCUGCAGCUGCUGGUCAUGGCUCUGCUGGAGGUGCCGGUAUUUGCCGUCACCGAAUGGGCGGUGCUAAAGUAUCUGAAGAUAAACGACGCUGGGGGCUCCAUCCUGAUUCAUCUCUUUGCUUGUUAUUUUGGCUUGGGGGUCACCUUUGUGCUGUACAGACCAGGCCUCAACGAAGGUCACGCCAAGGAGAACACCAGCUAUCAGUCGGACAUCUUGUCUCUGAUGGGCACCUUGUUCCUCUGGGUCUUCUGGCCCUCGUUCAACUCGGCGUUGACCCCGAAAGGCGACGACCAGCACAGGGCCGUCCUCCACACUUUCAUCGGCCUCUGUUCCUCCACCAUCACGGCCUUUGCGCUCUCUGCGCUCCUCAACAAAAAGGGCAAACUCAGCAUGGCCGACAUCCAGAACGUGACCUUGGCCGGAGGGGUGACAGUCGGGGCGUCCGUCGAUAUGAUGAUUUCGCCCGCAGGAGCGUACGUGCUGGGAAUGCUGGGUAGCAUCGCGUGCAUGCUAGGCUACAAGUACCUGAGCCCCCUCUUGGCACGACGCUUCCGAAUCCAGGACCAAUGUGGAAUUCAUAAUUUACACGGUCUAACGGGACUCAUAUCUUGCGCCGCUGGUAUUUUUGCAAUAAUGAUGGCGAGCGAGGAAGUCUACGGGCCGAGUUUGUAUGACACUUUUAGGCACAGAGCCCCAAAGGAGGGGGACCCCAAGUUGCUUGAGCUCCAGGCAUUAAUUCCCGGUCUGCAGCCAGGUUUGGGUCGCAGCGCUCAGGAACAGGCUCUCUUCCAGGUGGCAGCCAUCUUCUCCACUAUAGCAGCGGCAGCCAUCGGAGGCAUAAUCACAGGCCUAGUUCUGAAAAUCCCUUACCUCACCUCACCUUCGGAUGAUUUAUGUUUUGAUGACCGAGUAUAUUUUGAUGUGCCGCUUUACUUUUACUCACCACUUAAACUCAGUAAAGACACAGAUAAAGAGGAAAGUGUUGCCUAACACACAGUACUGUUAUUGUGGAAAUAAUGAUAAAGAAUUUGUAAGUGUGCAAAAAAAAUAAUGUUAGGGCAUGAAAAAAUAUACCGUAUUUUCCGCCCUAUAAGGCGCACCUAAAAACCUAAAAUUUUCUCAAAAGCCGACAGUGCGCCUUAUAGACCGGUGCGCCUUAUAUAUGGACCGAAUUCCUAAAUUUAAACUGGCCCGAAGCAUUGUGUCAUGAAAUCAAUCAUAAGUGGCCCGCUGAAGACUAUGAAUCA